CGGCGCGGCCGCGGCGGGGCUGGGGGCGGCGAGCGCUGUCGUCCGCCCAGGUCCGCCCCACGCGGUCCCCCACUCCAUCCCUGGGGAGCAGACGCGUGCCCAGCAUGGUGCUCAAGGCCUUCUUCCCCACGUGCUGCGCCUCGGCCGACAGUGGCCUGCUGGUGGGACGGUGGGUGCCAGAGCAGAGCAGCGCCGUGGUCCUGGCUGUGGUGCACUUUCCCUUCAUCCCCCUCCAGGUGAAGGAGCUCCUGGCCCAGGUGCAUCAGGCCGGCCGCGUGGAGUUGGCCGUGCUGGGCACCUGGUGCCACCGCCGGCAGGGGGCUGAGGAGAGCCUGGGCCACUUCCUGGAGGGCCUGGGCACCAUCUUCUCCCACGAGCCUUGGCUACAGCUGUGCCGGGAGCCGGGCAGCAAGUUGUGGAGCUGCAAGGCCACCCGCCGGCAGGUGCCUCCCCGCCGCGGCGCCCCCUAUGAGGACCAGGUCAUGCUCGUCUUCUACGACCAGCGCAAGGUGCUGCUGUCGCAGCUGCACCCGCCCGCAGCCCUGCCCGACCGCCAGGCCGGCGAUGCCGCGCCCAGUGCCGGGGGCUUGGCCGCUGUCUUUGACACGGUGGCGCGCAGUGAGGCGCUCUUCCGAAGCGACCGCUUCGACGACGGCCCUGUGCGCUUGAGCCACUGGCAGUCGGAGGGCGUGGAGGCCAGCAUCCUCGUCGAGCUGGCAAAGCGUGCCUCGGGGCCCGUCUGCGUGCUGCUGACCUGCCUGUUGUCACUCGUCUCAGCCGCCAGCGCCUGCCGGCUGUUCAAGCUGUGGCCCCUGUCCCUUGUCUGGAGUAAGCUCUCUGUGUGCGAGCAGCUCAGGCACCGGCUGGAGCAGCUCACGCUCAUCUUCAGCACCCAGAAGGCCGAGAACCCAACCCAGCUGAUGAGGAAGGCCAACGUGCUUGUCUCUGUGCUUCUCGAUGUGGCCCUUGGCCUUGCGCUGCUGUCGUGGCUUCGUGGGAAGGACCGCAUUGGGCCACUGGCGGAGGCCCUCGUCCCUGUGGCUGAUCACGUGGCCGAGGAGCUCCAGCAUCUGCUGCAGUGGCUGAUGGGUGCGCCUGCUGGGCUGAAGAUGAACCGGGCGCUGGACCAGGUGCUGGGCCGCUUCUUCCUCUACCACCUGCACCUGUGGAUCAGCUACAUCCACCUCAUGUCCCCCUUCAUUGAGCGCAUCCUGUGGCACGUGGGCCUCUCAGCCUGCCUGGGCCUGACGGUCGCCCUGUCCAUCCUGUCUGACAUCAUUGCUCUGCUCACCUUCCACAUCUACUGCUUCUACGUCUACGGGGCCAGGCUGUACUGUCUGAAGAUCUGCGGCCUGUCCUCGCUUUGGCGUCUGUUCCGGGGGAAGAAGUGGAAUGUUCUGCGCCAGCGAGUGGACUCCUGCUCCUACGACCUGGACCAGCUGUUCAUUGGGACUUUGCUCUUCACCAUUCUGGUCUUCCUCCUGCCCACCACGGCCCUGUACUACCUGGUGUUCACCCUGCUCCGGCUCCUGGUGGUGGCUGUGCAGGGCCUGAUGCAUCUGCUCGUGGACCUCAUCAACUCCCUGCCGCUGUACUCGCUUGGCCUCCGGCUCUGCCGGCCCUACAGGCUUGCGGCUGGUGUGAAGUUCCGAGUCCUGGAGCACGAGGCUGGCAGGCCCCUCCGCCUCCUGAUGCAGCAGGUGCCUGGAUGGGAUCCCCUGGGCUGUGCCUGAUGCCUUCCACCAGCCCGGGCUCCUGCCCUGAGCCCCAUGGGCUCUUGUUCCAGGAGGAAGAGCAUGGACUUGGCGAAGGCCUCAGGAUGCACUCUUUCUCUGAAACGGUCCCUCUGGCCUGUGCUGCCUGAGCGGGCAGGUUGCUGGGUGACUUGCUGGGGGCUGGUGGGGUUGGCCUGAGGGCCAUGUCUCAGGGAGAGGUCAGAUGCUGAGGCAGCUGGGUCCCUGCACGGUUUUCUCAAGGGUGCGGGAUAUUCCCGGGCCCUGACUGGGAGGCUCCGGGGGGGGAGUCCUGCAGGCGAGGGGUCAGCGCCCCUCCAGGCUGGCCUGCCUCGCCUCCCUGCAGCCUGCCCAGAGGAGAGCACGGCUGACCUCGGUCCGAGUGCUCCCUCUAGAGCUGCUCACCCUGCCCCUGGGGAGUACAGGGAGGGCCCGUCUGGACAGAGCGGGUGCUGCCCCGCAGCGGACAGCCCAGGGAACCCCAGUGAGGGGCCACUUGGACUGGCAAGCUUGAGCCUCAGGGAGCUGGGG